GUCCCGCUAUCGUCGGCUGUUCCCGGGUUCCCGCGCAAACGAGCGAUCGGCGCCAAAAUAUCCGACGUGCAUGCGCGCUAUCGUCGUGGUUGCGCGGGCCGCGGCUUCAUUCGGCUUUCAGCGUUCGGUGUUGGCGUAUCGGCACGAUUCCGUAAGCGCAUCUUCCUAUCUAUCUCGUACUUCCUCCCCGUUCCUCCCUCGUGCAAGGAAAAAGCAAACGAUUUAACGGCAAGACAUGUCUGGACGCGGCAAAGGUGGUAAGACCAAGGGGAAGGCGAAGACCCGCAGCAGCAGGGCCGGGCUGCAGUUCCCUGUGGGAAGAAUUCAUCGUCUUCUCAGGAAAGGCAACUACGCGGAGCGCGUUGGUGCCGGUGCGCCUGUCUAUCUCGCCGCCGUGAUGGAAUAUCUGGCGGCCGAAGUGCUCGAGUUAGCUGGAAAUGCUGCCAGGGACAACAAAAAGACUAGGAUAAUCCCGCGUCACUUGCAAUUGGCCAUUCGUAACGACGAAGAGUUGAACAAAUUAUUGUCCGGAGUGACCAUUGCUCAAGGUGGAGUCUUGCCUAAUAUCCAAGCGGUUCUGCUGCCGAAGAAGACCGGUACCGGCGGCUCUGGAAAGGGCGACAAGGCGUCGCAGGAAUAUUAGAUUAUUACGCGUUUAUAACUUUAACCGUAACUCUAGAGACAUGCCUUUAUUUCGCAAAAUCGGAGGAAAAGGACCGAAUGUCCUUACAAGUCUGUGCAACAGGGCUGGUUUACAUGAUUCUGAUGAUAAAAUUGGAGAUUGAUAACAAACAUCAGCUGCGUUCAGCAGAGAAAGACUUUGCCACUGUUGUAAAAUGCUUUAAUAUGACUAGUCGUGUCUUUUGUUUCUUGGAACUAAAUAUAUAAACCAAUCGUAUAUCAAAGAAUUUUACAGUUGGAAAGUGCCUUUCUCUGCUGAAUACACAAUCGUUACAUUAUCAUAUUGAUUUCUUUGUUAUUUCAUCAGUUUUCACGUCCGCCCGAGCGCUAAUUCAAAUCUG